AUGUGUGAGAUCCUUGCUGUGAACUUUAUUCCUCGGUGCGCCUACUUUAAUUGGUGAUAUUUUACAUAAUUGCACAUAACUGAGUGCACAGUAGUUUACCAUGCCCGAUGUCUUGGCAAUUUCUCAUAGGCGUAACGUUUCCGCGAGAGCGCGCUUCGAGUAGUGUAUUCCACGGCUUGCCCGCACGCGCUCCCGCCAUCUGAAGUUUGUUGCUGUUCGGGUUCCCGUGCUGAGGAAUUUACAACGGAAUUCUCCGGAUGUUGGAAUAACGCUGUGCGUGCACUUAGGAGCCCCGAACCAGUCACACCUCAACGUGUCAUUUAAGUGGCGUGCCUAUUUCAGUAAUUAUUCAGCAUUCGGAAAGAUGUUUCUGCCCUGCACCGUCGACUAAUAGCUCGACACAAUCCUGGGAUUUAAUCCCCUCCCGAACGGAAAAGAGAACUUUUCCGCUAGCCUUAAAGAAACCGGAUUAUUUAGAUGGUGGAAUGGGCGGUUAUAGCCUCGCAGAUUCUGAACCCAUUUUUGGAUUUUUAAUUACAGACAUUUAAACUGUCUCGGCACUCCAGGAGGUCUGUUUGGAGGAAAAUAACAGCGUAAUCAUUUUAGGUUUGGAUUUCGCAUAAGAAAUAUCAACAUGUACAUCUGGAUAUACAGUUUUCUGCUCCUUCUAGAUGAACUAGUAGUCACAAAGUCCAGCUCUUCAGCUCUGUCGGUCUCUGGAGCCCAGGAGUGGGUGGACUGUGUGAGGGCCGGUGAGGUGUGCAACCAGAGUCCCCAGUGCAGCUCUCGCUUCCGUAUCAUGCGGCAGUGUCUGGUGGGCAAGGACUGGAACACCAUGCUGGCCAAUAAGGAGUGCCAGGCGGCCCUGGAGGUGCUCCAGGACAGCCCCCUGUAUGAAUGUCGCUGCAAGAGGGGCAUGAAGAAGGAGCUGCAAUGCCUGCAGAGCUUCUGGAGCAUCCACAUGAGCCUGAGUGAAGGUGAGGACUUCUACGAAGUAUCUCCUUACGAACCUCUUCCCCCUGUCCGUCACGCUGAUGCCUUCCGACUGGCGUCCAUCAUCGCUGGUAUGCAUGCUGGAUCAGGUAAGAGUCAGCCUCACUGCCUGGACCCCAGUCGUACCUGCAACCCAUGUCUGGAUGCCACUAAGGCCUGCAAUCUGAAUGACAACUGCAAGAGGCAGCGCUCCAAUUACAUUACCACGUGCACACGGAGCCAAGCCCAGGUCCAGCAGAGCUCCCAGCUACUGGAGAGCUGCAGCCGAAAACGCUGCCACAAGGCCCUGCGACAGUUCCUGGAACGCGUGGAGUCCCAGUACACCUACGGCCUGCUGUUCUGCUCCUGCAGGGACCAGGCCUGUGCCGAGCGGAGAAGGCAGACCAUUGUACCGCGCUGCGCCUAUGAGGACAAGGUGAAACCCAACUGCUUACAACUUCGCCAAAUCUGCCGUCAGGACCCCCUUUGCAGGUCCAGACUGGCUGACUUCCACACAAACUGCCAGAUGACCCAGGACUCCAUCAGCACUUGCCCAAAGGAUGACUAUCAGUCCUGCCUCACUGCCUACACCGGCCUGAUUGGCACCGACAUGACUCCUAAUUAUGAGAACUCCAAUCACACCGACUUCACCGUCUCCCCGUGGUGCAGCUGUCGCAACAGUGGUAACCAAGAGGAGGAGUGUGAGAGGUUCCUAUGGGACUUCAGGGACAACACAUGCCUCCGAAAUGCAAUUCAAGCUUUUGGUUAUGGGACUGAUGUCACUACUGUGCCCAAAACCGAGUCUCCCGUUGCUGUACGCUCUGUGUACCCUGCAACAGACUCCAAGCUCAAGCCCACUGACAACCCAAACAGCACCAGACCAGGACAUGAGGAGAACGUGGAAGAGUGCAACUCGUCCAGGGGCUUCAUCUGUGGAGAGGAGGGUUUUGUGGAAACUGAGACUGUGGAAAAGGACUUCAACAUGCGGAACAGAAGCCCUGAUCUUCAUCUCCAUCAGGGACUGUGGCUGUCCAGCCUGGUUUCCGCAGUGGGCAUGCUCACUGUGUGAAGCUGCGUGGAUCUGGCACCUGUGGACACAAACUACACCAUAAUCCUCAGAGACCAAAACUACUGGCUGGCUGUCCACCCUUAGCAGCUUUAUUUCUUUCCAGUAUAAACAAACAAACUAAAAAAGACACAAAGAUGAAGUGUGAGGGAAUCCUGAGUCAUCUGUGAGACUGCUAGAGGACUGGCAUUAACGGUGAGCAAGAAUGAGACAGACAGAUGGGGAGGGUGAGACAGAUGGGUUGGGUGAGACAGACAUGGAGGGGCUGGCUGGAUGCUCUUCUCUCGGUGUCUGGACCGUAAGGGUGGUGAACUGACUCCAGGUGCCCUGGUUCCACCCUCUCCAAGAAUAAACUACUUAGAUCUCCACAGAUCUGUCAUUUGUCAGCAAGACUGAGUAUGUAAUCGGCAGAAGAGCCUAAUAGACUGCAGCUGGGUUUACAGCACACAUAAUCAACGCCAUCUCACAUAUUGUAGGAUUAUUAAUCAGCUAUAUUUGUUUGAAAACCCGGAGUCAUCAAAACUUUAAGCAUGGACUGGGUUUCCUGCAUAAAUGUUGGAAAUGAGGUGGGUGUACCAUCAUGGCUGCACCCGUCUACGUAGACACGGACUUGUUCCCACCCUUUUCUCACAGUCCCUCCUGGCCAGAGACAGGAACUCACACAUUUCUUCACCUGCUGAUCAGUCCUGCGAUCCACUGUGUUAGUGUCACUCUCCACCCCAGCCCCACCCUCCACCCACUGUGUUAGUGUCACUCUCCACCCCAACCCCACCCUCCACC